AUGGAUACAAGCAUCAAAUUAGAUGUUGAACAAAUGAAAAGUAACAUUUCAGUUAGUGAUACCAUUGACCGACCAGCAAUUUUUUUAAUCGGGCUCCAAGGUGCCGGCAAAAGUAUGGUGGGAAAUAUGCUAUUAGGUGGAUACACUACUAAUCCCGAGGCAAUAAGAUUCGAAGUUCGCGAUGAAGAUCACGAGAAAGAUGAGCGUAGAUCAAUAGGUAUCAGAACUGCAGAGGUUGAGAUACAUGAUCGCAAAUACACAUUGGUUGACACUCCUGGUAUAAUUGCAACCGAAACUUAUUCAAGAAGGAGUUGGGAUGAGAUUAUCAAGGCUAAUACGAAGGCUAUGGAAAAAUGUGGCGUCCAAGCAUACAUUUUGAUUUUUGGCUUGCAAAUGAUUAAAUUAGCUGGUACACGUCUAACGGUGGCCGACAAAAUGCAUAUCGAAGAAGUCAUAAAAAUCCUCCGAGCUGAUAGGCUAAUCAUGGUGUUCACAAAACGCCGCAAGGACGUUACAAUUGAUCGAGAAAAGAUGGAAUCUACCUUUAACGAGGACCUUCGAUCAAUCCUUAAAUCAAUUAACAACCGUUGGGUGGUUGCACCUGACUUGGACAUUUUUGGAACUAGCGACGAGGGUAAGAAGGUAAUUGAAAAAAAUAUUGAUGAAUUGAAAAGAAUGAUUAGUGAAAUUAAGGCACCAAGGAGAAAGUUUAUUGGGUUCAAGGAGUUGUUUACAAGAAAUCUUAAAGAAAUAAUUGUAUUGACGUCGUUGGUUAUUGCGACUUCGGUUGUGGUCUUUCUUUACGUCAAGUAA